GACGGCCCCCCCGACGCCCGCAUCAAGAGGGCGGCGUCGGAAGACCCGCGGGCCAGAGGAGGCGGAGGCUUCGAGGCGGCGCCGCUGCUGAGCGCCCGGCUCCCCGCUGCGGAGAGCCGCCGGCACACGCGGGAGAAUCGGUCCUCGCAGCAGCGAUCCAGCCCAGACCCCGACCUCCCGCUGCUGGACCUGGCGCCGGGCAUCAACGGGAGCGCUGUCGCGACGUCAGGAGAGACGCAGGGGCGCUGGCGGACCUCCAGGGGCCGCUGGUUGCCGCGGUCGGCUCGCGGUCGGCGCUACAGGCCUCGCCGCAGCCGGGGCAGCAGCCGCCGCGGCACCGGGGCCCGGCCGCCAGGCCAAGCCCGUCUCCAUUCGGGCAACGGCGGAUGA